UCUCUCCGCACAAAAGUAUUUCUCGUUUCGAGAAGGGGCGUUCUAAGAGAGCAGCAUCGCAGCGUUUUAUUAUUCUCUCCGAACAACGAACAUUUCAUCAGUUUCGUUCGACCCUGUGGUACGCUCAGGAAAUUCAGAAAAGUUCUGUAUAUUGUUCGCGGUCGGGACACGACGGCAGCAAAGGAACGAGUGACCUCUAGUACUAGGAAGAAGAAGAUGGCGGUACCUCGGAAGUCUUGAGGCAUAACGUUAAAACGAUGUGUUGCGUGAGGUAACGACGGUUGUAUCGAAAUUACGACGGUUGUAUCGAAGUUACGACGGUUGGAGCUACGCAUGCGGCGAGGCAGCGACUCUUCACAAGGUUCAGCGAUGUGCUGUUACUCAGGCAGCUUGUUAACGGAAGAUAGGUCAUACCUGCGGAGGUAGCAUUUCGUAUGCUUCUCAAUUAUUACGAAUGCACAACGCGAAAGUGGUGUCUGAUGGUGACUGAGUGGAGUGUUGGAGCAGAGCGCACUAAAAUUGAUUUGGACGCCUUCUGAAAAGUUUAUUAUUGCUCUCUAUCUGAUGAACAGGACAGACUAAAUUGUAGAUAAACGACGGAACUCUCUUGCAAGGGUGAAACCCACUGGGGUUUUAUUUUUUAUUUCUCUGGCACACGCUGAACGAACAUUGGUGCGAUGGAAGACUUUCUCAGUUUGGACUUUGACACGUCCGACUGCUCUUGGAAGCUGUGGGACGGCAUCGAGCAGGAACCGUGUUAUUUUGACGGCCUCCUGGAGCUGGACUUUGUGUCUGACCUCGGCCUGUGCACUUCCUCUUCGGACGACACCUGUCUGGGUUUGUCUCCUCUGCUUGAAGCGCCACCUGUCCUCACGAAUGACUGCUGCGAGCAGCACCUGCAGGUGACAUUGCCCGAAAGCGAGGCAGACCCUGACGCGUGCGACGCGGCCACGGUAGCCACGCCGUUGGACGUCUACGACGUCACCUCUGCGCUUCCCAAGGCUAGAAGCCAAGCCAGAGCCACGUCCCGGAAUGCUGCCCGGGAACGGAGCCGAGUGAGGAGCCUUCGCAGUGCUUUCCAGGCACUGCAGAGUUCGCUGCCAUCGGUUCCUCCGGACACGAAGCUCUCCAAGCUGGACAUCUUGGUCCUAGCGUCCAACUACAUCGCACACCUGGGGGCGUUGCUCUCGGACGAGGAACAGCAACAGAGCGAUGACAGUUCCGCGGAUGACUCCACGGGAAGAGAACUUGAAUCGGCCAGCAACCGAAGCUACCUCCAUCCCGUCAAGAAGUGGCCCAUGCGUUCCCGCCUCUACGCUGGUGCCAAGCCGUACGCAGACGACAGAACAAGAAGGCACGCCAACGAGUUGUUCCAGACCAAGAAGUCUGCCAAGAACGCCUGGAGGCGCCAGGACUCGAAGACGUAGGCAACCUACGACGAAGAGUGCACGGACGAAGUGCUGCUACUGAAAUCACGACAGCAGCUACGCUUGAUGUGUUCAGACGCUGUGCAGACUUGAAACACGUUUGAAGACUGUGAACGUUACGUCGUGCGAUUGAAGGAAGAAGACACUUCGCGGUAUAAUAACGCAUAAAGGACUCCCUUAUCCAGCUUUCAAUACCCUUUUCUAUGAGGGAUGUACCAGCUCUGGUGUCGUGUCUUGCAUGGUGCGUGAUACUCCUUCGGAAAACCAAUAUGGACUAUGGACCUAAUCACGCUUAUGAUUCUACGUGCGAGUUUCGAAUGCCAUGUGGCCUUAACAGGCGCGACAGAGACUGUCUACUCUGAAUGCGUCCUAAUGUGACAACACAAAGUAUUUCCUGUUUAAAAUCAAACAGAUAAGGUCACCAAUGUGCCCUGCGUGCAAAAUGCGUGAAGAGAUAGCCCAACUAAUCUGCGCUUGCAGGCUAUAUACGCUACAAACAAAGGCCUUAAUGUCCGCACUCAACGUUCACCAACUGUCAUCGUUUGAAACAAGACGCGUCAUUGGCCCAUGUACUAGCGUUGCCUGUGCAUCUCGCGCAACGAAAGCACUUUCGUGUUUCCUUAGAGACACUGGUCUCAAUGAGACACUUGUAGUUAGUUGUUAAGUGCUGUGUUUUGUGUAAGCUUGUGCAUUCCUGCUGUGAACUGUGCACACAAUUUCAUUUUUCAUCUUAUUCAUCUGGAGUUGUAAGCUAGCCAUGACGCUAGCCAAACCUCUCCACGUUCCAUUAAAGAGCCUCUCUCUCCCUUCCCAGCUCGUCUGUACAUUUCAACCGCGCUUGACGCACUACAUGCUGAACAAACUUUUGAUUCGGAAUAGAUUGUGAAAUUUCAAAGCCAAACGACAAUACAACUUACGUUCCACAUCCGCCCGCUAUGGCCCUGAGUGGCGCUGGCUGACACCCGCA